CUCGAAGGAAGGGCGUUCAAUAUUCACUUUUUGUCAAUUUGUGAUACGGUUUCCAUUCUGGGGUUCAAUGUUCCAGAAAGAAAAAGAAAAAAAGAUCGCUCAGGCAAAAUUUCCCCCCUCACUGCUUACUAAAAGAUGACAGCAUCUUCUUUUAUAGUAGUUCGACCAGUACUAUGCGAGGACACACGAUAUAACUCCAAAGUUUGGGAAAUGAUAAAUGCGGCUUAUAGAUCCUCUGAAAGCUGGACAACGGAUGUCAAGAUUGUAAGCAUUCCUCGCAUCAGCCUGGACGAACUCAAUGAAACAGUCUUAAAUAGUGGAAAAGAAAAUGUUCUAAUGUAUGCUUUCGAUGAAGAGAAUGUUGCAGGUUGCAUUUUGAUUAAAAAAGACGGUACGUUAUCCUUGUUGGCCGUUUCUCCAUCGUACCAGUCUCGGGGCAUUGGUGGUUUGUUAAUCAAAGAAUCCCUUGACUACAUGAAGUCUGUAUUGUGCAUGAAACUUGCUAUUAUACAUGUAUUCCAAUGUAGACCAGAGUUAAUAGCAUGGUAUCAACGACUUGGCUUCGAGGAUGAUGGUGAAGUAAUGCCCUUCCCUUUUAAGAAUAUUUUACUUGUGGAUGAAGCACCAUUGGUGGUUCUGAAGAAUAAACUAUUUUAAUUGGUCGUGGGGUAUUCAUCUUCAGGUAUAAAAAGUAUUGGCCAUUUAGAUAUUGGGAUUAGAUUAUCUUUUUUCUUUUUUUCUUUUUCUUCAAAAUUCUCAAAUCUAUAAUAAAAAUGGUUCAGGCACCAAUUACGGUCCGUUUGGUAGAAUUAAAUGACGUGAAG